CCUAAAUCCUCCGUUAAGUAAAAGGAUACUGGUGAUUGAAAUAGUCGAACCGAGAAAGCUAACAACCAGAUUUCUUUUCAUUCUUCCUCUGUAGCUUUGUUGCAAGGCGAAAUUGCAUAGCUUGUAAUUCAGUUUUCUUUUCCCCCUCUUGCAGACUCUAAUAAUAAUGGUGCUUACAAACUUCGAUGGAGUUGGUGUUGGAUUCGGUUUUGGAGUGGGUUGCGGGUUCGGUGUAGGCUGGGGUUUCGGAGGCAUGCCAUUAAAUAUUUUGGGCCUUGGUGCAGGUGGGGGCUGUGGUGUUGGCUUAGGUCUUGGUUGGGGUUUUGGCACUGCUUUUGGGAGUCAGUAUCGAUCAUCGAGGGUCACAUUCCAGGGCUUGGAAUUUGGGAGUGAUGGAAAGGAAUUUAAAGAUGUUUCAGAAAGCAACCAGAAAGUAUGUAAUUCACAAUAACUUUUGAAUCUUAUGAAGGAUGCUUCAUAAAGGAAGCAGAGAGUUCUAGUUGGAGAGACGCAAAAGCAUAAUUUUGAGCAUUUGGGGCUUCAGUUUGUAACCCAGUCUUGCUUGUGGAAAGAAGACUAUACACUUAUUGACUUUUGUAUGUCUAUGGUGCAUACUAUUGGAUGCCUUUUUGGUAAAAUUUAUAAAAAAAUCAGCCUUGAGGUGGAACAAUAGCUAUUAAUGUCUUUGGAGUCAUGUUGAACCUUUGGUUGAUAACAAUAUAUUUUACUAUUUGAUCCUGAA